GUUUCACGAGCAGCGUCGACGAUCGUGUGCACAGGCGGCCGGAUAGAUCUGCUAUACCGACGAGAUACAGCAUCGAGAACAUUUGACAGGUCGAAUAGUGUAGUUUCUGCCAAGAACUAUUGAAUGAAUUCAUCGAAAAUGACCGGAAUGAUUCGCGAUCUACCCAACAUCGAUCGAGUUCGCCGCAAUUUAUUCGGCAAGAGUCUGUCCACUUCUGUCGAAGACAUCACAGAAACUUCGAGCUUGCAAGAAGAUCAAGAGAAGUUCCGAGAAAGAUGGGGCUUCGACGUGACUACAGAUUCGGCUAUGCCUGACGGCAACUACGAGUGGGAACGAUUAGAUUUCGACGAAUUGCCAGACGCGUUCAAACGCAUGGGUGGUUGUCGACCACGAAGGUAUUCCAACACAAGUACGGGAAGUUCGACGAACGAAUCAGGUCGCAGCGAAUCGUUCUCAUCGUCGGACUCCUUCUCAAUUCACACUCCAGUGAAAUCGAGGGAAGCUAGAACACUGAUAACAGAUUACCUGCAAUCCCAAGCUAAACGAACGCGCAGUGCUAAAGAGCAUGCUCGAGCACGACUGGCUCAGCUCAACGUGAUCCGCUAGGGGAUCGCCGUGCCGAAACAACCUCUGUGGACAUAAAUGUACAUACACCUUCGUGACGAGUCCAAUGGAUACGAGUCCGACUUCGAUUUUGGAUGAGAUCUUGAAGUAGUCCUAUGUGUGAACAGUGUGAGCGUCUUAGAGAAAUUGAUGAUUGACAGCGAGGUAGGGGGGAACCCCUCCGGCCUUGCGGAGCUGUGGAUCGGCAGCGAUCCGGCGAGUAAUUGUCGUCAGUUGCGAGCGAGAAAUCCUUUAUUUUAUGCUGAGAGAAGAUCUGGAAUCGUCGUGUCUUUUGUUGUACAGUGUGAUGGAACUGUUUGUAAGUGUGAUAAUCACUGUGAAAGGCUUGGGGAAAUAAACGAGCCAGCAAUCAAUCAACUGAUCGACGAUCUGCUAACCAAACAGUGUGAUGUGAUGACCAUGAAUAUAUACGAUAUAUCCGAUGUAAUAUAAAGC